UUGGGGCGAGGGCGGAGCGUCGCGGGUGGUGGUGGGGGCGGGGUAUGGCGCUCCGCGAAGCGCUGGGCGGUUGGCACAAACGGCGUAUUCGGGGCCGGAGGAAAAAGCUCGCUACCCCAGCCGGUCCCUUCUCACAUCCUUAGGGACACCAGUGGACUUGGGGACCAGCAAGCAUACCCAGGGUACAAAAAGGAGCCCCUGCUGCCGGCCCUGCCUCACCCUGCCCCACGCCAGGCCCAGCAGCCCCCGGCUGCAGCCAGUAGAGGAGGAGGAGGAGGUGGAGGAGGGUGGCAUCAUGGGCCGGGGCCGUGCCCUCCAUGCCCGGGGGAUGAAGACACUGCAGCCAUGGACAGCCGGUGCCAGCCACAGUCCCUGAGUCAGGCUCUCCCUCAGUUGCCAGGGUCUGUGUCAGAGCCCUUGGAGCCUAGCCGAGGCAGGAUGGGGGUGGAAAGUUACCUGCCCUGUACUCUGCUACCCUCCUACCACCAUCCUGGAGCAGCCAGUGAGGUCUCCGCUGGGAAUGGGACCCCCAGAGCCACAGCCACCGUUACCACUGCCAGUCCCCUGCGGGAAGGCUUCAGUAGUCAGGAUGGCGGCGAGCUGUGGCCACUGCAGAGUGAAGGUGCCGCGGCCCUGGUCACCAAGGAGUGCCAGCGACUGGCUGCCCAGGGUGCUCGUCCGGAGGCCCCUAAACGGAAGUGGGCUGAGGAUGGUGGGGAUGCCUCCUCACCCGCCAAGAGGCCCUGGGCCAGGCAAGAGGACCAGGAGGCAAAGGAAGAGGGUGAUGUGGGCUGUGGCGCUGGCCCCAGCACUACCAGCAGCAGCACUGGUAACGGCAGCGGCGAGGCGAGUGCCAGGCUGAGGGAAGAGACCCUGCCCUGUGCUCCUGAGCGUCUGGCCCUGGACUAUAUUGUGCCUUGCAUGCGGUACUAUGGUAUCUGCGUCAAGGACAACUUCUUGGGGGCAGCACUGGGCGGCCGGGUACUGGCUGAGGUGGAGGCACUGAAGUGGGGCGGGCGCCUGCGUGACGGGCAGCUGGUGAGUCAGCGUGCCAUCCCACCGCGCAGCAUUCGUGGGGACCAGAUUGUCUGGGUGGAAGGCCAUGAGCCAGGCUGCCGGAGCAUCGGUGCCCUUAUGGCCCACGUGGACGCUGUAAUCCGUCACUGUGCUGGGCGGCUGGGCAACUACGUCAUCAAUGGGCGCACCAAGGCUAUGGUGGCUUGUUACCCAGGUAACGGGCUGGGGUACGUGAGACACGUUGACAAUCCCCACGGCGACGGGCGCUGUGUCACCUGCAUCUAUUACCUGAAUCAGAACUGGGAUGUCAAGGUGCACGGUGGCCUGCUGCAGAUCUUCCCCGAAGGCCGGCCCGUGGUAGCUAACAUCGAGCCGCUCUUUGACCGGUUGCUCAUUUUUUGGUCUGAUCGACGGAACCCCCACGAGGUGAAGCCAGCCUAUGCCACCAGGUACGCCAUCACUGUCUGGUAUUUUGAUGCCAAGGAGCGGGCAGCAGCCAAAGACAAGUAUCAGCUAGCAUCGGGACAGAAAGGUGUUCAAGUACCUGUAUCACAGCCGGCCACCCCUACUUAGUGCUCAGCCCGAGCACUGCAUGGAUGGACAGCUCGCCCGCCCAACUUCAGGAGAGCUUUGGGCCUGGCGGCAGCCCACCCACCUCAGUGCCCUUCUACUCCCCUGCCACCGCUGCUGCUUCUGGCUUGCCUCUGUCCUUCCUGGUGUGGAGGACUGCAUGGCUGAGGACCAAGGAGGAGGAGCUAGCGCUGCCCCAGGUGGGGGCGGGGGCAGUGUUGUGGUGUAUCAUUAGUGAGGCCGAGGGCCUGUGUGUGCUGCCUGAUCUGGCCAUCUCUCCAUUGGGUGUGGAGAGGCAGGACACGCAAUUUGGGGUUGAGGUGAGUCACAGCCUCUUGCUGGUGAGGGCUUGUGGAGGGGAACAUCUCCAGUCUCCCCACUCCCCCAGCCUGGAAUGUGAAGUGACUCCCCAACCUCCCUUCCAUGGCACCAUUCAGCCUGGGCUGCCACCUGCAUAGGCAGGGUGACAGUACCAGCAGGAGCAUGGGUUUGAAAGUCCUGCCAGCCAAGAAAUAAAGUUUACCUCAGAAAUGCA